AUGGCCAGCCAUUCAACCUUAAAGAAGGGGCAGAAGCACCCCCAGGGCAACGUUUCGGGGUAUAUGGACACACCUAGAAAGACCUCUAGGCCCCGCGGAAUGAAUCCUGUCGCCUCAGUGCCGACCCACGGUGGUGCCUCUGUGACAGACAAAGUUCUCCAGGGCAUCACAGCCGAACCUGCAACAUCUGACUCCAUCUCUGUGGCUGGUGAAAAUCGGGAGAGUCAGCAUGCCGACCUCCAUGGUAGCGGUGGCCGGGACAGCCCAAACACAAAACUUGGGCGUGUUGGGCCCCGGACAAAGAGCCACGGAGAGAGGGACCAACCCUCGAAAGGAGCCACCUUGGCCAGCGGGAACCCGGCUGAGACAGAAAGAAGGAGGAAGCAGCCCGGCCGAGACCUAGCUACAAGAUGUCCAGGUGAGCUUCAGCUUCCGGAAGCUACAGAAGAGGCUUCUAUGUCUCAGCCAUCAUAUUCUCUGAGAUCUCACCGCUCUGAACCUUCCGUGCAGAGCCAGACAUUCUCAGAAUCUGCCUUUGGAAGCGUUGCCACCAUGUCACACCAGGUGUCUACUCGGGCUUCUAAGACCCGCGGCCAAGCUGUUCUGUCUGUCUCUGGUGGUCACAAGAGUGCACCUGAGUUCAGCUUUGACGAAGGGCACGCAAAUGCUGCUGGCCAGAAUCUCCGUCAACAGGCCACUCUGCAGGUUCCUGAUCUUGGUCUUGGUGAAUCUGAGGUCAGCCCUGGUUCCAAAGGCGGCGUGAUUGUUGGAGGCAGGGUACUCCGCUCACGUACCACUGCAUCUGGUCAUCAUAGCAGUGCCUUGGAAGUCAGCCCUGAUGUCCACCUCACAGGCCAGCGUGAUCCUGUUGUUGGCAGCACUACUGUGGAGCGUCGUCCUGAUACUACAGGCAAUAUCGCAACACCACGUAAAGGCCCCCGUGUGUCCAGGCCUAGCUCUGACCGCCGAUACCUUGGAGAAACCGUGGAGCCUGCCCCUGGCCCUAGCAGCCAGACCCAAGGAAGCCCAUCCACCUCGCCGACUGCAGUUCCGAAGAGCACCGAAAUGGAAGACUGCAGCUCUCCUCCAAGGCGCCCAGUCCGUAUGCGGGCCUCUUCCCCUUCACCUGGUAGGCGCUAUUUUUUGAUUAGGCAGUUAAGUGGGGACCUCUCCUCUUUCGCCUCACUUUCUGACACUCUGGAUAUUCCAAGUUCCGGCUCUUCCUCAAGCAGCUCACCUGACCAAAGUCCCUGCUCCUCUCCUUGA